UCCCCUACAUCCUUCACUUUCUCUAUACCUUAACAAAAUCUUUACACCUAUACUUAUCAUUUCCAUUGCUUCUUUCACAAAUCAUUCUCUUGUUCAGUAGCAAUGUCAACAUCAAAAACCCUAGAUAAACCCUUAUAUGAAACAGUCAACUUCCAUGGUGGUUUUGCUCUUCUUCAGAGGAACACAUCUCCUAACCUGCAAACCGGUGAACGAAGAGGAAGAAGAAAACAAACAGCAGAACCAGGCAAGUUUCUUGGAGUCAGAAGAAGACCUUGGGGUCGAUAUGCUGCUGAAAUUCGAGACCCGAAUACUAAAGAAAGACACUGGCUCGGUACUUUUGAUACUGCUCAAGAAGCUGCUCUUGCUUAUGAUCGAGCUGCAUUUUCCAUUAAAGGCACUCAAGCAAGAACUAACUUUAUCUACACUAAUGAUGAUCAUCAUAACGGUUCGGUUCCGUUUCUUCUUACUGAUCCGUUCGACGUUCAAGCUUUUCUGCCUCCAUUUCUCAAUAUUGAACCUCAUAAACAGCAUCAAGAAACAAAACCCAUCAACCAGAAUAUCAACUUCGUCGAUAAUCAUAUCGAAACUUUCGUUCAGGACAAUGAUCGAACACCUUACGAGCAUGACAGUUUAUUCUUGUUUUCUCAAGACAAUGAUCAUCAUUCAAAAUCUGGGUACUUAGGUUCUAUUGUCCCUGACAAUUGCCUAAGACCAUCUUCCAGUAAUAAUCCUUCAAACUCCAUAACCAGCAAAGAAAAUCUUGAAACUGAUCACAGUUAUGGAUUUCCAAGCUUUGAUGAGCUCAACAAUGGAGUAUUAAACUGGGGAGAUGAUCAUCACCAGUGUGAUGAUCUUUCAGCUAUUAUCAAUAAUAAUAAGCCACUAAUGGUGGGAAAUGAAUGCAUUAGUUAUAAUAAUGGGUCAGUAUCUCAAGCUACUACUCCAUUAUAUCCUGCUUAUAACGGCUAUUCACUCUUUUGAGUAGGUUGCACUGAAUUUUAUUAAGCUACAUAUAGAUUUUUUUAUGUAUUUUAAUUUAUGAUCUAUUCAGCUACCCUAAAUUUAUGUGUAUGGGAUUAUUUUGUUCACUGUAGGGUUAGACAUGUGAGCAAGAAGAAAAGAGAUGGAAUGUGUAUGCAUGCAUGCCUAUCUAGGGCUUAAUAAAGAAGUCGGUUGGUUUAUAUAAAGUGUGCUUGUUUCAAGGG